CCUUCCCGUCGGCUCCUGGCUCCAGGCUCCCACCCGGCUCGGCGGAGGUGGAAGCGCGCAGGCGCCGUUGGCGGCAGGCAGAGUGCGGAGUAGCGGCGCGGGGUGCGCGAGGGAUUCAUCAUCCAAGGAUCUACCGGAGACCACAGGAAAACAUGGGAAUUUUCCUCACCGGAGAAAAAGCCAAUUCAGUAUUAAAACGCUACCCAAGAGCGAAUGGACUCUUUGAAGAAAUAAGACAGGGCAACAUUGAGCGUGAAUGCAAAGAAGAAGUCUGUACAUUUGAAGAGGCAAGAGAAGCUUUUGAAAAUAAUGAAAAAACUCCUAUGGCCUUUCUUCCACUGACUGGUGCCCGCUGCCCAACUUCACAGAACUCACUAACACAUACCAGCAACAAGACUGACUUCCCUAAAAGUCCACCUCCAAACUAA